ACAAACAACGUUUCCAUUUUACAUAGCAGACAUCGCUGGACCUUAGUCCAAACAAACCAAACCAAUGGCCACUGUUUGUUCCCUCAUUUCCACACUCUUCCCUUCUUCUUCUUCUUCUCCUUCUUCUUCUUCUUCUUCUUCUUCAUUUCCUCGCUUCGCAAACACCAAACCCACCAUUCACCUAUCCAAAUCCCUUCAUCUCCACACGUCCACUCACUUAUUCCUUCGCCCUCAAAUUCCAUCUCCAAUAACCCUUCUUCCCAAACUCACCAUUCCCAAAACCUGCUUCGAUUCUCUUCUUCUUCUCUGCACCUCCCUCGCUCUUUCCUUCACUCUCUUCAUUGCAAACGCCGAUGAUGCGUCUGCCUUCGUUGUCACCACUCCAAGGAAGUUACAAUCCGAUGAACUCGCCACCGUUCGUCUCUUCCAAGAAAACACUCCCUCUGUUGUCUACAUAACCAACCUUGCUGUCAAGCAGGAUGCGUUCACGUUGGACGUGUUGGAGGUUCCUCAGGGAUCUGGGUCUGGCUUUGUUUGGGACAAGAAGGGUCAUAUUGUGACCAAUUAUCACGUUAUUCGCGGUGCUUCUGAUCUCAGGGUCACUCUUGCUGACCAGUCAACUUACGAUGCCACAGUUGUUGGUUUUGACCAAGAUAAGGAUGUUGCUGUGCUGCGCGUUGAUGCUCCCAAGGACAAACUCAGGCCUAUACCUAUUGGGAUCUCUGCUGACUUGCUUGUUGGUCAGAAAGUGUAUGCUAUUGGGAAUCCGUUUGGACUUGACCACACUCUUACAACUGGUGUCAUCAGUGGACUUCGGCGAGAAAUAAGUUCUGCUGCAACUGGUCGUCCAAUUCAAGAUGUUAUACAGACAGAUGCAGCAAUUAAUCCUGGUAACAGUGGAGGGCCACUCUUAGAUAGUUCUGGAAACCUCAUUGGGAUUAACACAGCUAUAUAUUCCCCUUCUGGUGCAUCCUCUGGUGUUGGAUUUUCUAUUCCAGUGGACACUGUAAAUGGCAUUGUUGAUCAAUUGGUGAAGUUCGGGAAGGUUACAAGACCUAUUUUAGGGAUCAAGUUUGCUCCAGAUCAGUCUGUUGAGCAGUUGGGGGUUAGUGGAGUGCUUGUCUUAGAUGCUCCUGCCAAUGGUCCAGCUGGAAAAGCGGGCUUGCUACCAACAAAGCGUGACACCUAUGGUAGACUCAUUUUAGGUGACAUCAUAACAUCAGUGAAUGGUAAGAAGGUUACUAAUGGGAGUGAUUUGUACAGAAUUCUUGACCAGUGUAAAGUGGGUGAUAAGGUGAUUGUGGAGGUGUUGCGAGGUGACCACAAGGAGAAGAUCCCUGUCAUAUUGGAGCCAAAGGCUGAUGAAUCAUGAUGAUAUGCAACACAUCAUAUCCUGCAUGUAUAUAUAUUUCAUAUGCCAGGGAAUGAGUGCAGCUGUUUUAAGUGUAUUCUUAGGUUGUUUCUUGCUUCAUAAGAUGUCCAACUGUACAUAAUAAGUACUAUGGGACUGGCAGCACAUCACCCUCUAACUUUCUCAUUAUUCAAGUCACUACAACUUGCCACAUGUAUUUGCCCCAACACAAAUUGCUAUUCAGAUGAAGCAUGAUCAAUUUAUGAUCAUUGUGGUGCUUUUUAUUUUAUUUUCGAAAAUAAUGUUUUUUUUU